CCUCCCGUGCCGGCGGGCCGGCCGGGCGGACAGGCGGGCGCGCUGGGGGCGCGCGGGGGGCGGGGGGAGUUCCGGUUCCGGUUCUUUGUGCAGCUGCAGCAGCGGCUCCGGGAAAGAUGGCGGCCCGGGCGGGUUUCCAGUCUGUGGCUCCGAGUGGCGGCGCCGGAGCUUCAGGCGGGGCGGGCGCGGCGGCUGCCCUGGGCCCGGGCGGGACUCCGGGGCCUCCGGUGCGAAUGGGCCCGGCGCCGGGUCAAGGGCUGUACCGCUCCCCGAUGCCCGGAGCGGCCUAUCCGAGACCAGGUAUGCUACCAGGCAGCCGAAUGACACCUCAGGGACCUUCCAUGGGACCCCCUGGCUAUGGGGGGAACCCUUCAGUCCGACCUGGCCUGGCCCAGUCAGGGAUGGACCAGUCCCGCAAGAGACCUGCACCUCAGCAGAUCCAGCAGGUCCAGCAACAGGCGGUCCAAAAUCGGAACCACAAUGCAAAGAAAAAGAAGAUGGCUGACAAAAUUCUACCUCAAAGGAUUCGUGAACUGGUACCAGAAUCCCAGGCCUAUAUGGAUCUCUUGGCUUUUGAAAGGAAACUGGACCAGACUAUCAUGAGGAAACGGCUAGAUAUCCAGGAGGCCUUGAAGCGUCCCAUCAAGCAAAAACGGAAGCUGCGAAUUUUCAUUUCUAACACUUUCAAUCCGGCUAAGUCAGAUGCCGAGGAUGGGGAAGGGACGGUGGCUUCCUGGGAGCUUCGGGUAGAAGGACGCCUCCUGGAGGAUUCAGCCUUGUCCAAAUAUGAUGCCACCAAGCAAAAGAGGAAGUUCUCUUCUUUUUUUAAGUCCUUGGUGAUCGAACUGGACAAAGACCUGUAUGGGCCAGACAACCAUCUGGUAGAAUGGCACAGGACCGCCACUACCCAGGAGACGGAUGGCUUCCAGGUGAAGCGGCCAGGAGACGUGAAUGUACGGUGUACUGUGCUACUGAUGCUGGAUUACCAGCCUCCCCAGUUCAAAUUAGACCCUCGACUGGCUCGGCUCCUGGGCAUCCACACCCAGACCCGUCCAGUGAUCAUCCAAGCACUGUGGCAAUAUAUUAAGACACAUAAGCUCCAGGACCCACACGAGCGGGAGUUUGUCAUCUGUGACAAGUACCUCCAACAGAUCUUUGAAUCUCAGCGUAUGAAGUUUUCAGAGAUCCCCCAACGGCUCCACGCCUUGCUUAUGCCACCAGAGCCGAUCAUCAUUAAUCACGUCAUCAGUGUUGACCCGAAUGAUCAGAAAAAGACAGCUUGUUAUGACAUUGAUGUGGAAGUGGACGAUACCCUGAAGACCCAGAUGAAUUCUUUCCUACUGUCCACCGCCAGCCAGCAGGAGAUUGCUACUCUAGACAACAAGAUCCAUGAGACAAUAGAAACUAUCAAUCAGCUGAAGACCCAGCGGGAGUUCAUGCUGAGCUUCGCCAGAGACCCUCAGGGUUUCAUCAACGACUGGCUUCAGUCCCAGUGCCGGGACCUCAAGACCAUGACGGACGUGGUGGGUAACCCAGAGGAAGAGCGCCGAGCUGAGUUCUACUUCCAGCCGUGGGCGCAGGAGGCCGUGUGCCGGUACUUCUACUCCAAGGUGCAGCAGAGACGACAAGAAUUAGAGCAAGCCCUGGGAAUCCGAAACACAUAGGGCUUCUCCCACGGCCCUGACCUGGCUGCACCGAUUUCUUUAUUUGGGCCCUGUGCUGCCUGCCUCCUAGCACCUGCCUUGGUCUUGCUUGGGGCCUUCCAGGGGAUGCUGUUGGUUCUAGGACAACACCAGAAUGAAGAGGGUCUCACAUGACACCUGUUGCCCUCUUCUCCCACCCCAUCCUUCCUACCCCCGGCUUCCCUUUGCCCCACAAAGUUCCCAUGUGCCUCUGCCCUCCCCUGGUCUGCAUAGGACCUAUAGGUAGUAUUAGAGAGAGAAUCUGUAGUGGUAAUCAGUGCAUUGAAUGGACUGGGCCUAAGGCCGAGUGGUCUCCUCGGGGACCAGCUACACUGAUCCUGCCCUUCAGAGACCCAGGAGUGGGGAGCUUUGGCCUCCUCUCCGAGACUCAGGCCUGGGGGCACUCUGUAAGCUAGUUGACCUUGGCUCUCCUGAUAACAGAAUCCAGUUUCCUUCCUUUCCUCCACAGGUUUGGAGCAAACUCUCCUUCGCUCGUUGCCCUCUAGCACUAAGGGACCGCUGGCUCUGGGCUCCACUGAGCCCCAGGCCAGUCCAGAGCCCUCUGGGUUGGCCUGCUGGUCUCAGUGCUUCUUACCCCCUCGUGGAGGGUUCACAUCAGUAUUGGAGUUCAUUCCUGUAGCAUCGCUCCCUCCCGGCACACUCCCUGUAGCUGCUCUUUAGGGUUCCCUCCCGCCUGUCCUAACCCAGGGCAUUUGGGUGGGGGAACCUUGCCUUUCCCUGUCACAGCCCCAGGGUCUCACCUCGGGUACUGGCAUUGCCAGCAGAGGCUGUUCCUUCCUGCUCCUGCCGGGAGGCGUGACUCAUUGGUUCACUCCGCCCUGGCGCCCUCCCCCCUCCCUUCAUGGAGAAACAGGCCUGAAAUCAAACGGGUAAAAGCCCUGGGCCAUCCCUGUCUUCCUGUCCCUUGUCUGCCCGGUUGGCACCCACCGGUGACCUCCAGGCACUGAGGAGUGAAAGCGCCUAGGGCUGGAGCGUAGCUCUGAGUUGGGUCUGUGACCCUUCCCUCUUCCUGCCUCACAGGAUUGGGACCCCCCCCCCCAGCCCCUGCCCUCAAAGCUUCAGGCCCCUCAGGUAGCAGCAGGACCUUGUGAUCUUGGCCCCUUGGAACUGAGAUGGUUUUGCAUCUUUCCAGGAGAGCCUCAAAUUCUUCUUCCAGGUUGUAUUCCUCCCCCCCCCCCCCCCGCUCCAGUUAGCAUAUCCCAGGCUCGCAGACUCAACACAGCAGGGUGGGAGACAGCUGGGCACAGAGGGGGAGCUGCGUUCCGUACGGGCUCUAAAGCCACAGAACUGACAAGCCCCUGCUUCCCCACCCCCUCCUCAGGCUCCUGCGAGCACACCCCGAGCCCCAUAUCCCUGCCUGUUCCACGCCGCCGCCAGGGACAGCAGAACUUCCUCCCCGACCCCCCUUCCUGUCAUGAUCCCAGCCCUCCCUCGAAAGCUUCUCCCCACAGUGACACUGGCCGACCUCUGUCCUUGGGGCCGGAACCAUGAGAAGGAAGCUCAGCACUCCUCCACGGUUGCCCUGUUGAAGAUAACUGUUUUUAUUAACUGAAUUAUUAUGUUUUUUUCAUGGACCAAAAUUUUUUUUGUACUGCCCCCCUUAUCGAUGUCACCCAGUUUUAAUAAAAGAAACUUCUGAA